AUGGAGCCCAAUGCAGGUAUAACAGAGAAAGGGUCUGAGCUUGACGGCCGAAUCUCCUCACUCAUACCAGACAAACGCGACCCCGAAACCCUGGAGAUAGAUGCAGUUGCCGAAAAGAAACUGAUUCGGAAAUUGGAUCUAUACAUCGUGCCAAUGGUGAUGUUGCUGUACCUUCUGUCCUUUCUUGACCGUGUAAACAUCGGUAACGCACGUCUCUACGGCAUGACAGAAGACCUUUCCCUAACUGGUUCUCGAUAUCAAGUCGCUGUCUCUAUCCUUUUUGUGACGUACAUCCUCUCGGAGCUGCCCUCGAAUCUUGUUCUAAAAAAAUUCCGUCCUAGUCGCUGGAUCGCAUUCAUCACGACGGGCUGGGGCAUAGUCGCAACGUUGCAGGGUAUCGUGCAAUCGUACGGCGGUCUGAUUGCGACUAGGUUAAUGCUUGGGGCCCUUGAGGGCGGGCUUUUCCCUGGGAUGGCAGUAUACCUGACGCUAUUUUACACCAAGACGGAAUUGGCGCUCAGAAUUGGGUAUCUCUUCGUUUCUGCCGCUCUUGCGGGAGGGCUUGGAGGUUUGCUGGCGUAUGCAAUUGGAAACAUGGACGGGGUCGCCGGACAAAGUGGAUGGCGGUGGAUCUUUAUACUCGAAGGAUUGCCAACCUUUGUACUUGGGAUAAGUUGUUGGUGGCUUCUGGCAGACGAUCCAGAAACGGCGUUCUAUCUGAGACCAGAGGAAAAGGCCUUGAUGCUUCGGAGGAAGCAGAGGCAGACAUGGUACACUAAAGCCGGAGACCGGAUGCACAAAGAAGACGUGGUCAAGGGCCUCAAGGAUUGGAAGAUCUGGAUGUUUUGUCUGGGCCAAUUUGGUGUGGAUACGGUACUUUAUGGGUAUAGCACCUUCUUACCGACGAUCAUCCAGGGAAUCGGGAACUGGAAUGCGGCGCAGACACAAGCCCUGACCGUGCCCUGCUAUGCACUAGGCGCGAUCAUAUAUUUGCUGGUGGCGAGAUUGUCGGACCGGCAGCAGAAGAGGGGGAUCUAUACGGUGAUCUUCGGCGCUGUGACCGCAAUAGGCUAUGGAGUGCUAAUUUCGGACACCACCAGCGCUGGGCACUAUGCAGGCUGCUUUUUGGUGGCGAUAGGGCUGUAUGUUGUGGUUGGGUUGCCGCUGAGUUGGCUUCCUUCAAACCAACCACGCUAUGGUAAACGAACCACUGCUGUUGGCAUGCAAUUGACCAUUGGCAAUCUCAGCGGCAUCAUGGCACCGUUUCUGUACGAAACGAGAGAUGGGCCAAGAUAUAUCAAGGGUCACGCUGUGACUCUUGGUAUGGUAGCCUUCGCGUCCAUCCUGUACGGUUACAUGUGGUUCUAUUUUGCAAGGAGAAAUUCAAGAAGAAGUAUCGGACUUGAAGACAAGAAGAUCGAAGGCAAAACAGAGCAAGAGGCAGCAGAGAUGGGAGACGAGUCUCCUCGAUUCGUUUUUACCAUUUGA